CAAGUUGGUCGGCUCUCAUUUUGCUCCAGUGUGUGUUGUUGCCUAUUCGGUUCAGUUGAGAAAUUGGGAUUUACCUUUACGUGAAACGAGGAAUGAAGUUUUCCUGGACCGACAGAGCCGCUUUUAAAAGAACGGAUUGAUUGAAACACUGAAGCCAAGGUUUUCUCUCACGUUUUGGAGGAUGAGUUUUCUUUCUAUUAUUAGUGCGCUUGGGGGAAUGUGUUAAGUUAGACCUCUGUGCUUCAAGCUAUGAACGUAUGAACGUAUUGGGUAACGUACUGGGUACAUUGUUUCAGUGUAUUGAAGCUGAGUAUACAAUGUAUCCGUUGAUGGUAUCAGUUUAACAUCAUUGAUAACAUUUAACAUUGUGUCGGACCUUAUCCAGCGACAAUAACUUUGCAAAGUAGCCUGUUAGCCACGCGCUAAUCAACUAGCUGGAAGAUGCGCUUAGCUGGAGGUGAGGCUUCCAUAUAUUUAAAACGGUAUAGAAACUGUGUUAAGGAUUUAAAGUAGUUCUGAAGAGGAUAAACUGUUUUGUGAGAGAACAAGUCAAAUCAAUUGAUUCAUACUUUCCUUAAAAACUGAUAUCUGCAGAUGGUGUAACUUAUAGAGUUAAACAUGGCUCCUGAUGGAUUUAAGGGGGAGUAAAGGGUGGAUGAAACAGCUUGAUUCGGCACUCAGUUGGCAGCCAUUCAAUUGAAGAGAUGGGGGUCUCCUACCUCUUCAAAUCGACAACAUGUUGCCUUUAACUCUGUCCUACGACAUAAUUAGAUAUGGGAUUUGAGUGCAAACAGGUGUCAAGACAACAAAUAGCCUAGUAUAGCGCGCAUCACAACAGAUCUCAAGUUUCACGUUAAAUUCUGAGGUGGAUAGCUUUUCUUCUGCCAUUUUAUUUAUAGUUGUGAAUAUCUUCUCUUGAUAAAAAAAAUAAAUUGCGUGUUGCCACAAAACAAUGGCAGCGAUAGACCAUAGGAUAGAGACUCCGUUUGUAGACAGGGACCCCAAACACUUGCUGGACCCCGAAAGAUCCUACACUUUGGACCAACGAAACGUGGAUGGAGAGGGAUGGAGACUGGUGGAUGUGCUGCUUACGGGAGGCGCUCCGUGGGGCUUUACUCUCCGGGGAGGACGGGAGCACCACGAACCACUUCUCAUAACAAAGGUUGAGGAGGGCAGCAAGGCGGCAGGUGUGCGUCUGCAGGCGGGAGACGAGCUGGUGAACAUUAACACCGUGCCCCUCAGCGGAUACAGACAGGAGGCCAUCUGCCUGGUCAAGGGCUCCCACAAGACACUCACACUGGUGGUCAAAAGGAGGAAUGAACCUGUAAGUAGGCCUCACUCCUGGCACUCUACCAAGUUCAACGAGAGCCAAUCAGAGACGACCAAGACCCAGUCCACACCCUCGCCAGUCUGGCAAACAAGAUAUGAUGCAAGCUGUACAUCUUCAACUGAUCUCUCAGCUGGCUGGGACCAGACCAACCUGCGCAGAGUGUCCGACCAGUUCAGUUCCCUGGGGAGCAUGGACAGCUUAGAGCACGCUCCACACCCUUACCCGCCAGGUCGACUAUCUCCAGGAAAGUCCAACAACAACAGUGUCGAGCAUCUGGGAGGCGGCAAGCGUGACUCAGCCUAUAGCUCCUUCUCCACCAGCUCUGGCACACCAGAUUAUACCUUGGCUAACAGCAACGCGGCCUCCACGGAAAACAUGCUGUACAAAGUGAGCCAGUGGGAAUCGAGCGGGAGGCACAGCAAUGGGAGACACAGUGCUGGUGGUGGGGAGGCAGGGCGACAGGAAGAUCGCCCUGCUUACCUGCAGUUGCCUUCUGUCCCAGUAGCAGCAGGAGGUGGUGGUGGCGAGCCUGCCAGAACUGACGAGCAAGCUGGCUCGCGACAUUCAAGCUCCAGUCGGAUCAACUUCGGACCUGUGUGGCACGUGCCAGACAAGAAGAAGGCAUCUGCCCCUUCCCCUCCUCCGCCACCACCUCCAACGCGCAGUGACAGCUUCGCCAUAACCAAGGUCCAUGAAAAGGGGCUGGUGAUAGCUUACCCAGAGGCUCCAGGGCCUCAUGCCCAGCUCAAGUCUCAGGGCAAAGCUCAGGACUUUCAAGGUAAUGAGAGGGGUUCUGAGACUCGUCGGAGUUUUAAUCUAAAUAAAAAUGAUGUUGCUAGUCCCCACAUUUCAGGAGAGGGCCACACCCAUCCCCAGUCAAACCCCAGUAAGACACAUUCUUUCUCCAGCACAGAUGUCAGAGCGGGUCUCCCACCUUACUCUCACACACCCUAUCACCAACGGCAGUACAGUGAUGAGAGCACUUUCCACACCAAGGCCAGGGCCAUAGCAGCUCCCAGAGCCCAGAACAUCAGUAAUUACUAUUGCAGCAGCAUGCAGGAGCUGCCUACCCACAACCAGUCUCACUUCUACGGCCAGAACCAGGGAAAGACACAAAGCACUUCUUUAUCCACAAAUGCUAUCGACCAGAAUGCAGGAGAUGGUGGAGGUCACACUAGGUACUACUGUGUCACCUCAAGACAGCCGCCUCAGACAGUCUCUCAAGCCGCCAUAACGAAGGUGGAGGACUGGAAGGCUCGUUCCAGUCCAGAGGUGCCACAGACUGGAGGGGAGAGGAAUUCUUUCAGUGCUCAAGGAGUUAGCAAAGCCAAGUAUAUGCCACCUCAGCCACUAGCAUACAAUCCAAAUAAUAGGGAUGGCAAUGUACAAAACAGGCAAGGGGAGAACCAGUACUCUUCCAGCAACCCAACCAAUGCACCAGAGGUAUCAAAAGCAACACUAAGCGUUGAACAGAGGCCCAGUCAGCGGAGGACUACUGGACCACCCUCAGAGCCACAUUACAUGAGCUAUCCUCCUAGUAAGCAAGCAGAACAGAGGAGGAUCUCCUCCCCUCCACCUCCUACAAAGGAGCCAUCCCAGGAUGUUUGGCUGCCCCAGGGCCAGGGUAAGAUAUGUCCACAGAAAACCCCCAUGCUGCACUCCCUUGCCAAAGAAAACCCAGAGCAAGAUGAUGGACUCGAAACCAAGGGAGGUGAAGAAGUCAUUGAAUAUGUGAACGGCAAACAAGUGCGACGCAACGAUCGAUAUGCCACCACGCUGCGCAACGAGAUUCAGAAUAAGAGGGCCCAGCUGCAGAAGAGCAAAAGUGCUGCCACCCUGGGCUCCACCGAGGAGGCGGAAGAGAUGCUGGACAACUCCCCGACCUCGGGUAACGGGACCUUCACAAUAUCGUACAAGGACCAUCUGAAAGAGGCCCAGGCCCGUGUGCUGAAGGCCACCUCUUUCAGGAGGAGGGACUUGGAGCCCGUCUUACUGGAGCAUCCAGAACCACAGCUGCUGAGCGGCCCUUCUGUGGGAGCCAUCAGUCGUAAAGAUGGCGGAUCCCUUCCCAGUGUGUCUGAGGUUCCGCAGACCAAGCCUGCGUCUGCUGGCAGCCAGGUGUCCCGCAUUGGCAGUCGUAAGCGCAUUCCUGCAGAUAAGAAGGUGCGCUCAUUCUCUGAGCCUGACAAGAUCCACGAGGUUGGAGUGGACGAGGAACCCUGUCCCCCAGACAGCGCAACAUCCCUCGUGGACCGACGCAAGUUCUUGGUGGCCACAGGGAAGCCGGCCUUUUCCAAACCACUUCCUAAGCAGGCACAGCAGCAUGCUGCCGACGACCGCAGGGUGACCAGGCCUGGAGGAAUGCCACAGCCUGGGCAGGCCGAGGACGUCUCAGAGAGGAAGAGUUCGGGAACUCCUUCUGAGGGCAGCCAGACGGAGGGCCAAGAUGACCUCAGUUCUGCACAGGGGCCAGAGAACCAGAGACUAGGCACAUUUGCAGAGUACGAAGCCACGUGGAAUGUUCAGAGGAAGCCCCCAGAGUCAAAGCCCUCAGGGAGGUAUCACUCCGCAGACAACAUCCUAGACCCGGCUGUAGAGGAGAGAAGCAAACCAGCCUGUGUUCACGAGAGGUCCAGAUCAUCCCCGUCUGCAGACUUCUAUGGACAGAACAUUCCAGCAAGAGGAAGGAAAUCUGUGGAGUACACCCAGACAGAGAGCAAGCUCGCAGAGCUACACAGGUCCGGCUUGAGGUUGUCUGACAGAGGCCGUAGUGAUCUCCGAGUGAAGGACAAGCCCCUAGAAUCCAAACAGCAACUCCCCGACCUCCCCCCUCCACCUCCACCACCUCCUCUCCUCCUUCCACCUCCUCCUCCUCCACCACCUCCCCCCGCACCUCUGGAGAACCCCGACUCCCCAGGCUGGGACGCCCCUCUCCCUCCUCCGCCCAGCCCUCCUCCGCCCACGCUCCUCCCUGACCCAGACGAGUCCUCGCCUCCUCACCUCUACCUGCCUCCCCUGCCCAACCUCACCCACUGGAGCUCUAGACACCACCAUCUACCACCACCACCACCACCCUACCCAGACAGGGACCUGGAAGUGGUCGAGAAGAAGAGGAGCGAAAAAGAGGAGGAGGAGGAGGAGAAGGAGGAAGGGAGAGGGCAGGAGGAGGAGGAGGAGGAGUCCAAGUCUCCACCCCAGCAGCAACCCAAGCUAGAGUGUGCCGUACCCCUGCCCCAGCCCCCGCCCUCUCAGCCGUCCCCCAGUGGUGCCCCGCCACUGGCCAAGCCCACCAUGGAAGCCCAGCGCCCGCCCUCCACCUCGGCCUCGGCCUCUCCCUCACCCCACUUCUCUCCCCAGAGGCUCACCGACAAGCCCCCCGUCUCCCUGCAGGAUGACGCCCCUGAGAGGAUGCAGAGGCUGAGUGAGAGUAACGGUGUGGUGAGGAAAGUGCCCAUCAAGAUUGUCCACGCCGAGAGCGACACGGAGAAGGAGCACGGAGAGAGUCGGCAGUACCUCCACCCUCGGCCUGGCAGCAGCAGCAGCGGCGGUGGUGGUGGGGCCCCAGGUGGAGUCGUUGAGGGCCCCACGCCGUCGGGCCCCAGGGCCACCACCCACCUCAUGAGCCUGGCCAGUGGGCAGCCUGAGGCAUCGUACUCCGUCUUCUCUGCCUACUCCAGACAACCACCACAGCAGCAGAGGGACCAGGGCUCUCCAGAGACACACAAAACCAACUCAGACCUCACAGGGGCCCCGGGAGCAUCUGAGCCAAAAAGGGAGGCAGCAGCAGCAGCAGCAGCAGCAGCAGCAGCCACCCACCCCCACAACGGACCUCACCCCAGCAGCAACGGCAUCUCAUCCACCUCGGAGGACGAGAAGAGAGAGGAGCUGGCCCGGGACAUUAUCGGCAAGGACAAGUCCCUGGCUGACAUCCUGGACCAGAGCAAGAUGCGCACGGCCAUGGACCUGAUGGAGGGCCUGUUCCCCCAGGGCAGUCGGGAGCAGCUGCUGGAGGGGGCUCACCAGCGCAGGAAGGCAGCCGGUGGGGUGGGGGCCCCGGCAGGAGGAGCAGGGGGCGCGCCCAAACAGGCCUCCACCCGGAGCGCCGAGGAGAGAAAACAAGAGGAGGAGAAUGCCAUGGCAGCAGCUGUCGCCCUGGCAACUAGCUCCGCCUACUAUAGCACGUCAGCCCCGAAGGCGGAGCUCCUGAUGAAGAUAAAGGACAUGCAGCAGCAGGAGAUCGAGGAAGAGGAGGACUCAGAGGAGGAACUGGACCACGACCUGGCCGAAAAGAAGCACGAGCUGAUUGACAGCCUGAGCCGCAAGCUGCAGGUGCUGCGGGAGGCGCGCGAGAGCCUCCAGGAGGAUGUGGAGGACAACAACGCUCUGGGCCAGGAGGUGGAGGCCACCGUGCAGCAGGUCUGCAAGCCCAAUGAGCUGGAGAAGUUCCGCAUGUUCGUGGGCGACCUGGAUAAGGUGGUGAGCCUGCUGCUGUCGCUCUCCGGCCGGCUGGCCCGCGUCGAGAACGCCCUGGACACCCUGGAGGAGGACGCGCCACCUGAGGAGAGGCGGAUCCUGACGGACAAGCGCAAGCUGCUGAUCCGCCAGCACGAGGACGCCAAGGAGCUGAAGGAGAACCUGGACCGGCGGGAGCGCGCCGUCUACGAUAUCCUGGCCUCCUACCUGGACGAGGAGAGCCUGGCCGACUACCAGCACUUUGUCAAGAUGAAGUCGGCCCUCAUCAUCGAGCAGCGCAAGCUGGAGGACAAGAUCAAGCUGGGCGACGAGCAGCUCAAGUGUCUCACAGACAGCCUGCCGCUGGAGCAGAGGCUGAUGCUCGGAUGAGAUGAGAUGAGAAGAGAUCAGAUGAGAUGAGAUGGCAGGUAUGGACGGACAGAUGGAUGGAAGGAGAGAUGGAUGAGGUCUGUCCCUUUAACAAGAGACUGGAUGGAUGGAUGGAUGGACGGACGGACGGACGGACGGACGGACGGACGGACGGACGGACGGACGGACGGACGGAUGAAGGGCGGUCAGAGGGAUGAAUGGAAUGGCUGGAAUGAAUGUCCCCAUGUCCUCCUCUUUACCCAGACUGGCUGCCCAUGUGUCCCUGUUUACCAGCCUGCUCCCCCGCCAGAGACUGACCAUACAGGGAGACAAAAUGUCGCUUGCUGUCCUCCAUGUUAACCCUGUCGACCAACUGGCCUUUUGUUAUGAUCUGGGUCACCUGCGUCCCUCUGUACCUGCCUGCCCUCCAAAGAGAGACUGGCCCUCAUGACCAGAGUGUGGCCCAUGGGCACCAGUGCACUACACAGAGGCUGCCCCCGAGAGGGAUAGGAUUUGACGAUCUACGCAUCUGCGCUCUACUACAUUCCAAUGUUCACUUCCCCUAACACCCCCUCCCUCAUGCCCCCCAGCCACUGCCCACCCCAUUCUUCUCCAUGGUCGUGCCCAUUUGUACCAGACAGUGGCUGAUGCAGGCGCAGCACCCACGGGUCAAACAGAUGAUGGAUGAUGAUAGCAUGACCUUACGCCCCCUCUUCUGCAUGCCGUCUGGGCUCACUUCCUGUCUCUCAUUUUACCCGCUCAGUGUAGAAGGUCUGCCCAUCCUCAACUUCCAUCUCCCUUCUACUAUCCCCUUUUAACAUCCCUUCUCACCGUCUCCUUUCUAGACUGGGCCCUGGCACCAUGGGCCCACUGUAUACCAGACAUGGUCUGAUGUUGUUCAGACGUCGUAGAGUGCUUUCUGACCCAAAAUUUGUGCCCCUGUCCCCAAGCCCUUGUACCAACCAACCACUGUUCCUCCAUUGGCAUUUGGAGAGAAUGAGCUUCCAGACGCAGACGCAGUCAUGAUAACGGCCUCAACCAUGGCCCCUUACUGAACUGACAUAAGUUGAGCUGAGUUGAGCUGUGCUAAACUGUUUACACUGUUUGAAGAAUACAGUGACUCACUAUGUGCCCUUCGGGGCCCUUUGGCAUGCAGUGGCACCCCCACAGGACAGAGGAGGCGGAUUGCUCUCUGACUGCCUGUGCCCGCCCGGCUCGUUCACAUAUAACACUUUCAAAUGCCUUUUUUGUACCACUAGAGGGCAAUAUGAUACGAAAUGAUACCCCUCUCCACUGACCACUUGUUACAUUUGUCAGAGCUGUGUGUUUUUCCCCUCCUGUUUUUGUGUGUGUGUGGCUUUCUCACACUCACACAUAUUUGUUUUUUGAUUAAGCAACUGCACAGAGGGGAUCACGAUGCGUUUCAGGGCACACCUGUUUCUUCUGGUGUUGCUCAUUUUUCCAUUGUGUGGCAUCCUCUGCUCUCACUCUUGUUCAGGGACACCACUGAAGCCCGAUUAAGUUUUUUUUUCAACAGGGCUGCACAUCUCUCCAAAAAAGAAAGAACCCAACACAGACUCUUGGACGGUGCAUUAUUUCAUAUCACAUCGUUCUGUCUUUUUAUUGUGUUGUGUUGUUACAAAAGCAAACUCAAAUGAAAUCCAUGUUUUGUUUUUGUUUUUUUAUAGUAAUUUAUUGUAGCCCUUUUAAACAUGUACAUAAACUUAGAGUAGGCUACUGUAGUCUCGUUCCCAAACACACACACACACAAGAAGCCCUGAUGUUAGCCAGGCCAAUCUGAUCCUGUCGGUCAGUCACUCCUGUAGAGCUGCUCUUAUCUUUUAACAUUGCAUUAACUCUUAACUGUGUAUCCGCUACAUCGCUAAGUAACCUGAGACUUGCCUGAAAUCGUUCCAUGUUACUCCACUGUGGAUUCAAAUGCUUGUCUAUAAAAUACCAGAUGCCUUUUA